AUGGAGGGAUACAGCUACGAAUUUUCUUUUAUGGUUCGACUAAUAUUGUCUUUGAUAGUAUGCCCUUACGUUUGUGGAAAUCUUUUUAAAGAAGUUUCAUCAUGUCCAUCAAGUGAAGAAGAGUGGAGACAUCGAUCUGAAAAGAAACAAUGUAAAGAACCUAUACCUGAUUUCAUGUGUGCCGCCGUUGAAAACCAGCCUGGGAGGUUUGGAGAAAUAUGUACAGUUGUUGGUCUUACAGGCAAAGGUAAAUGUGUGGUUUUGGAUGCAGACACGUACAAUUUAAAUUUCGUUGAAUGCUUCGCAACCUCUGGCUGUCCACCAAAUGCAUACAUAUCUUUUGAUUUGUAUAAAUAUCCAGUGUGUUAUAAGUACAACAGAGAAACAACUACUCUAACUUCGACAACUGGUGCCGAACAAGAUGAACAAGUAACGAGUACAAAUCCUGAAAAUACCGAACGAGAUGGAUCUGUUCACGCAAUCGCUUUCUCUACGUUCACAGUAUUUCUUUGUAUUUUAUUUGUAUUUCUUAUGCUUUUGAUGAAAAAAAGAUCUAAACAAAAAAAAGACUUGGAAAACAAUGAAGCAGACGAGCCUACAUUCCUGUUAAACGCAGACAGUAAAUUAGAGGCACUGUGUAAUCAAAAAAUAUCAAUCUUAGGAGGAUAUAUGAAAUUUCAACUUGUAAAACUUAGUAAAGUUAAGAACCUUCGAUUUCAUAUGGUAACGCAUUCCGAAUCGUUAAAACUCCAUUUCAAGGGAAACUUCGAUAGAAUGAAUUCAGGUACCGUAGAUUGGACUAAAUUUGAUUUGGAUACUGUAUACACCCUUCUGUCAAACUUUUGUGGAAUAACAUGUCCGGAUCGGGGCUGGGGCUACAAACCAACAGAUGAAGACCUUUCUGUGGGAGCAGACAUUGAAAGAAUAAGAAUCUUGGUUAACGAGUAUAUGGAUAGUAAAAUGUUUAAUGUCGAAGAGGCUGACCAGAUUAUCGAAAGAUGGAAUUGGCUAAAAAAGGGUGUUGAUUCCCGUGGUAUUAUUGAUUUUGAUCUCGAGACAAAAAUAAAUUAUAAAAAGCUAAAUCCGAAUAAUAUCGUGGAGCAUGGAACCGUUGUCACACGUGUCAUAUCAAAUAUUCUAGAAAAACUGAAAUCAAAGAAAAUUGUUACUUGUCGGGGAGCCAUUGGUUGCGGAAAAACGACUGCAUUGGAGUACGUUGCUAGAAAGUACAGGAAUGACGGAUGGACGACAAAAUGGAUAGAGGAAUUCGUGGACGAAUCUUUUUUUAACAAUGUAAUCGAGAGCAACACGGAAAAAAUUAUGAUUUGUUGUGACAAUUUGUUUGGAUCGUUCGGGUGUCAAGUAUUUUCUGAUAAAAUGUUUUAUAACUUUCACUAUUUUAUGCACUCGAUCCAUAAAAAUGAAAAUAAUAUCAAAGUGUUGCUCGGUAUCCAUGAGCACGUGAUUGAAGAGAUUUCCUCUAAACACUCUUUUGUUUCGCAAGAUUAUAAUGCUUUUGUAGAAAUGGAUAGCCUUUCACAGUCGGAAGCAUUACUAAUAUAUAUAAAGCAGCAAGAAAAAUCUAAUAUCAAACAGGAAUAUAUUCCAUUUGAGGAUUUUCUGGAGUUAAAUAAAAUUAGAUCUGCUAAUGUAGGAGCACCUUUCCAGACUUUGAUGAUUUCAGCGGCUCCUGGUGUCUUUGGCACAAAAGCAUUUUGCAAUCAACCGUUUCAGCUUCUGACAGAGCAUGUUACCGAACUUUUAUAUGACAAUGAGGAAAUGUUUUUUUCACUUUUGUAUGUUAUGUGUGUUGUGGUUUUCGAUAAGAGAGAGGGUUAUCUAAAAGAGGGCAUAGCUAAUGCAAUUUCUCCACGUCUAGACAAAAAAACCAUAGAACAUUACCUACCAGAAUUAGGCCCAUACAUUCAGAAUGAUGAUAACACCGUGAAAAUAAAACAUGAAGUGAUCUCAAUUGCCUUAUUUCAUACAUUCAUGAUGCAAUCGAAUAAACCUUGGUCUAUCUUCUCAUUUUGUGAUAUCAGAAGAAUUUUGGAACUCAUACGACCUGAUGACCAACUCAAUAAACUUCAUCAUUUUGCUGUUUCUUUGUCAGAAGAAAAGCUGUAUGAAGCAAGAAAAAUCAUAAAGACUAAAAAUUUUCACAAUGAAGUAGAUAUCAGAGGGCAUCCUGUAUGGGAGAAAUUUUCUAAACACAAAACUAACAUUUUUCAACGAAUCAAAGAAUCGGUAUUGACUUGA